ACAGACAGUAUGGGUGAGUAAAGUAAUUAAAUGUAUCCCAGCAGGAAAUGAUUUUAAUAGACCCCUAGCAGUGGGAGCAGGACCAGUUUCUGAUGGAAGAAACAUGGCUGACUCUGGUAUGGAGAUGGGAAAGAGGGUCAGUUUUGAUCCCUUUGAUCUUCCAAGUGAUGUUAGAACUCUUGCCCGUAUUGUGUAUUCUGCUCAUGGUGGUGAGAUAGCUGUCGCUUUUCUACGAGGUGGCGUCCAUGUAUUCUCAGGUCCAAGCUUCACCCCUGUUGAUAACUACCAUAUUGAUGUUGGAUCUGCCAUUUCUGCUCCUGCCUUCUCUUCAACAAGUUGCUGCUCAGCUUCUGUUUGGCAUGAUACCAGCAGAGAUUGUACAAUUUUGAAGAUUAUUCGAGUUCUUCCUCCUGCUGUUCCAAGUAAUCAGGGGAAAGCUAACUCCGCGAAUUGGGAACGUGCAAUUGCUGAGAGAUUUUGGUGGAGUCUUUUGGUUGGAGUUGAUUGGUGGGAUGCCGUGGGAUGCACACAAAGCGCUGCGGAGGAUGGUAUUGUUGCUUUGAACAGUGUCAUUGCUGUACUGGAUGCAGAUUUCCAUUCCCUUCCUUCAACUCAGCAUAGACAGCAGUAUGGACCGAGCCUAGACAGGAUAAAAUGCAGGCUUCUAGAAGGUACAAAUGCUCAAGAAGUCCGGGCAAUGGUGCUUGACAUGCAAGCAAGAUUGUUGCUAGAUAUGCUUGGCAAGGGGAUUGAAUCAGCUUUAACAAACCCAUCAGCAUUGGUUCCAGAGCCAUGGCAAGCUUCCAGUGAGACACUGUUUGGCAUUGAUCCUGAGGCGAUGGCCGUUGAACCAGCACUGGUGCCAAGUAUCCAGGCAUAUGUAGAUGCUAUACUUGAUCUGGCCUCCCAUUUCAUCACGCGUUUACGACGCUACGCAAGUUUCUGCCGUACAUUGGCUAGUCAUGCUGUUACUGCUGGUACAGGUGGGAGUAGGAGUAUGGUGACUAGUCCAACUCCAAGUGUUACAUCUCCUGCGACUUCUCAGGGUGCUCAGGGUGGUACUGCAAGUUCCACUGGGAACACUCAGAUGCAAGCUUGGGUACAAGGAGCUAUUGCAAAAAUUAGUAGUACGGCCGACAGUGUUCCUAGUUCAGCCCCAAACCCCAUCACUGGUCCUUCUACUUUUAUGCCCAUAAGUAUCAACACAGGCACUUUCCCUGGAACUCCAGCUGUUAGGCUUAUAGGGGACUGUCAUUUUCUGCAUCGGCUAUGUCAACUUUUGCAUUUCUGUUUUUUCUUCCGUGGAACACAAUUACCGCGUUUUAUGGGGGCUGCUCAAAGGAAUGCGGAUUCUUCAAUGCAAAAGCCUCAACCCAGUAUUCCAGGCAAAGCAGAAGAUUCCAACUCUGGUGCAAAACCAACACCAGGUGGUCAGGUUGGGACAGGAGCAAAGGGAUCCGAAGAAGGUCCAUCUAAACGGUCUAGGAUAGGUUCUGGCAAUGCUGGUCAAGGAUACACAUAUGAGGAGGUGAGGGUCCUCUUUCUUAUUCUUAUGGAUCUUUGUCGUCGGACUGCUGGUUUGGUGCAUCCAUUGCCGGUUUCUCAGGUUGGGAGCAGCAACAUUCAGGUCCGCCUUCAUUACAUUGAUGGGAACUACACUGUUUUGCCAGAAGUAGUUGAAGCUUCCCUCGGACCUCACAUGCAGAAUAUGCCUCGCCCUAGAGGUGCAGAUGCUGCUGGGCUGCUAUUGCGUGAGUUAGAGCUCCAUCCACCUGCUGAGGAAUGGCACAGGAGAAAUAUGUUUGGUGGACCUUGGUCUGAUUCAGAAGAUAUUGGGGGUGUGGACGAUAAUUCUAAGCUUAGCCCAUCAAGGGACUUGACUGAGUGCAGCUCAUCAGAAAACUGUGAUGUAUCUUAUGGAGCUCAUGGUUUGUGGCCAAGGAAACGUAGGAUGUCAGAACGAGACGCUGCUUUUGGGUUGAAUACUUCAGUGGGCCUGGGUGCAUAUCUUGGUAUAAUGGGGUCUCGACGAGAUGUUGUGACAGCUGUUUGGAAGACUGGGCUUGAAGGAGUUUGGUAUAAGUGCAUAAGAUGUUUGAGACAGACUUCAGCUUUUACUUCACCUGGUGGCAACCCUUCCGCCACUCAAAAUGAGAAGGAAGUAUGGUGGAUCAGCCGGUGGGCAUAUGGCUGUCCCAUGUGUGGUGGGACUUGGGUUCGAGUUGUAUAGAGCAUUGAGAGUAGUUCACCAACAAUGUGCUCCCAAUUUUCGUGAACGGUAAUGGUUCACCACAUGGAUACAAACGCAUUGGACUCUGCCAGCUUAUUGCCUAUUCAUCACUAUGGUCAUGUACUAUAUCUUAAAGAUCAGUGUGACUAGUGAGGCAGAGCCUGAAGUUGGGUAAUUGGUAUGUGGUCUGAGCUUACUAUAUGUGUUAUACCAUGAAAUGUUUUGGAAAGAAGUCAAGGUGAUUUAAACCCCGUUUUCUGAAAAAUGGGGAUACUCCUUAGUCAAAGACAUCAAAUUUUGGAACUAAGAAUGAAUCCCCACAUACGUAUGCAAAGGUCUUUUUGCCAGUGGGAGUUGAAUAUAUUAGAUUCUCUUCCCAAACCAGAGCAUUUCAGGGGUUGUAGUUAUGUAUAAUAACAGCCCAUUUGUUGUUUGUAUGGGGGCAAUCCAUUUGCUGUGAGUAGCUGUCGAGUAAUCAAAUUUUGUAAACUAAAAUGCGUCUCUCUCUCUCUCUCUCUCUCUCUCUCUCGUCUCUUUAGUUAACUAUGGUUGUGACUAUAGUUGUGGUCCUGUACAAAUGUUUCGCUUUCCUUUUGUGGUUAUGGCAUGUCUCAACUAGCUUAGAUAUU